AUCCACAAAGUUAAUCACCAUAUUUAGGUGGAUAAAUCUCAUCAGAUCGAGCUAAGCUUGGAGGCAAGCACAAAUGGAGCUCACAUGGCUUCUACUCCUCGCUACUCUCCUCCUCUCCACCACUCUCCUCGUCUUCCUCUUCCAUGGCGGUAGCAGCGCCACCGGCGGCGAGAAGCGCCGCCGCCUGCCGCCGGGGCCGGCCACCGUGCCGGUGCUCGGCAACCUGCUGUGGGCGACCAACUCCGGGAUGGACAUCAUGCGCGCCGUGCGCCGCCUCCACGCGCGCCAUGGCCCGAUGCUCGGCCUCCGCAUGGGCUCCCGGCUCGAGGUCAUCGUGGCGGACCGGCGGCUCGCCCACGCCGCGCUCGUCGAGAGCGGCGCCGCCAUGGCCGACCGCCCGGAGUUCGCGUCGCGCGCGCUCCUCGGCCUCGACACCGCCACCAUCUCCAACUCCAGCUACGGCCCGCUCUGGCGCCUCUUCCGCCGCAACUUCGUCGCCGAGGUCGCGCACCCGGCUCGCCUCCGGCAGUUCGCGCCGGCGAGGGCGGCGGUGCUCGAAGAGCUCACGGACAAGCUGCGUCGCCGGCAGGAGGACGCCGGCGCGGGCACCAUCCUGGAGACGUUCCAGUACGCGAUGUUCUUCCUCCUCGUGGCCAUGUGCUUCGGCGAGCUGCUCGACGAGCGCGCCGUGCGCGACAUCGCCGCCGCGCAGCGCGACCUGCUGCUCCACUCCUCCAAGAAGCUCAGGGUCUUCGCCUUCCUCCCGGCCAUCACGACGCGCCUCUUCGCCGGCCGGAUGAAGGCCAUGAUCGCCAUGCGCCAGCGGCUGAAGGGGAUGUUCAUGCCGCUGAUCGACGCGCGCAGGGCGCGCAAGAACCUGGUCGACGACCAUGGCGACGCCACGGCGCCACCACCGCCGGCGGCGAGCGCCACGACGUUGCCGCACUCGUACGUCGACACGCUGCUCAACCUCAGGAUCAACGACAACGGCGGCGAGCGCGCGCUCACCGACGACGAGAUGGUGGCGCUCUGCUCCGAGUUCCUCAACGGCGGCACGGACACCACCUCGACGGCGCUGGAGUGGAUCAUGGCGGAGCUGGUCAAGAACCCAACCAUCCAGGACAAGCUCCACGGCGAGAUCAAGGGCGCCAUCACCUCCAACUCCGGCAAGGUGUCGGAGGAGGACGUGCAGAAGAUGCCGUACCUGAAGGCGGUGGUCAUGGAGGGUCUACGGCGACACCCGCCGGGGCACUUCGUGCUCCCGCACGCGCCGGCGGAGGACAUGGAGCUCGGCGGGUACACGAUCCCCAAGGGCACACUGGUGAACUUCACGGUGGCCGACAUGGGCAUGGACGGGGCGGCGUGGGACAGGCCGAGGGAGUUCCUGCCGGAGAGGUUCAUGGCCGGCGGCGACGGCGAGGGGGUGGACAUCACCGGGACGAGGGAGAUCAGGAUGAUGCCGUUCGGCGCCGGGCGGAGGAUCUGCCCGGGGCUGGGCGUGGCGACGCUGCACCUGGAGUACUUCGUGGCGAACAUGGUGGCGGCGUUCGAGUGGCGGGCGGCGGAGGGGGAGGCGGUGGACGUCGACGGCGAGAAGCUCGAGUUCACCGUCGUCAUGGAGAAGCCUCUCCGGGCGCGCCUCCUGCCAAGAGCCGUCACUGUUUGACUCUGGGUGAGCUUUGACAUUUGGGGGGGUUUAUUAGACAUUUGACACUCUCUCGCUAAUGUAGUUUCAUGCUUUGUAAUAAUGGUAUUAUUAUUAGUUUCCUUUUGAUGAAUAAAAGAAUUCCAAUCUAUUUUGUCAUA